GCAUCCUGGGAAGCGGAGGAGAAAGGUCUGUCUCCACCUGGCCAUCCUGUAGGGACUCAGCUGCAGGGAGUACACUCAGCAUUGCAUCCUCGGUCCUCGGUCCUCAGAUGUUAUCCGGUGACCCCAGGACCCCAGUGCUAUUUCUGAUGCUUGGAAGCUACCCUUUCAGCCACAAAGAUGGUCAUAAAUCUUUGCCUCCCACAGUUCAGACCACGAAUUUCCUGCAACAAGAUAUCAGCUGAUGGUUACGAAGUAGAAAAUCUCAUCUCCGAAGACCUGACAAAGAGAAGUCAUGGUUUUAGGACAGAGUAUUUCAUUAAGCCCCCAGUCUAUGUGACAGUUUCCUUUCCCUUCAGUGUGGAAAUCUGUAGGAUUAACAUAGACCUCACAGCCGGGGCGGGCCAGCACGUCACCGGCCUGGAAAUGUACACGUCCGCCUUAUCCAGCAGAGCACCUUGGAGUGCCCCCGAGUGCCGGACCCUGGGUCCCGCAGAGUCGUCCGUCCCGGACAAGGAGGCGUUCACCUUGGUAGGCAAAGUCUUGUUGAAAAACCAGAGCCAGGUGGUGUUCAGCCACCGGGGUUUCAAGGCCAGGCCACCUUUUGGCCCAAUGGAAGCCACACUCCCCUCUCCCGCCGUUGUGGCACAGGAGCUCUGGAAUAAAGGGGCUCUUUCCCUUAGCCACGUGGCCCAUCUCAAGAUCUGUAUCACUCACGUGACAGGCAGCGGAAUCCCAUGCAUCAAACGAUUGGAAGUGUGGGGUCAGCCCGCUAAAACCUGCUCUCAGGAGGUGAUCGAUAGUGUCCUGCUUGUUGCCUCAGAGGGCCUCCCUCAGGGCUUGGCUCUGCAGGCCCCAGCCCUGCCCAUGGAGAGUGACUGUGACUCCGGGGGCCUGCCCGAGGGCCAGCAGGCCCCCUGCCGCCUGCAGGAGCUAGCUGAGGUCAUCCAGGGUGUGCCGGAGGAGUUCCUGGACCCCAUCACCCUGGAGAUCAUGCCUUGCCCCAUGCUGCUGCCCUCAGGCAAGGUCAUCGACCAGAGCACGCUGGAAAAGUGUAACCGCAGUGAGGCCGCCUGGGGCAGGGUGCCCAGCGACCCUUUCACGGGGGUAGCCUUUACUCCACACUCCCAGCCCCUGCCUCACCCCUCCCUGAAGGCCCGGAUCGACCAUUUCCUGCUGCAGCACUCCAUUCCAGGCUGCCACCUGCUUGGGAGAGCACAGACUGCGUUGGCAGUGACGCCUUCCUCCAUUGCUCUGCCCUCUCGGAAAAGGAAGAUGGAGCAGACUGAACAGGCCCCAGACAGUAGCCUUGGUGUCAGUGCUUCCUGUUUUUCUACCACAAGCCUUCUGGUCUCACCCACUACCUCAGAGCACACCGCUAAGAAAAUGAAAGCUGCCAGUGAGCUUGGGCUGACACACAUGGACUGCUCAACAGGUCCCGUGUCCCACGAGCAGAAGCUGUCACAGAGCUUGGAAGUUGCCUUGACGUCGACCCUUGGCUCCAUGCCCUCCUUCACGGCUCGGCUGACCCGGGGACAGCUCCAGCAGCUCGGCACGAGAGAGAGCAGUGCCUGCUGGAGGCCAGGCGCCCCCUCGGUCUGGGAGCACCCCGGGGCCCGAGUGCGCCUCCUGCAAAAGAGCGUUUUCUCCCUACUUCAAAAAGGAGCCCGUGUACCAGCUCCCCUGUGGCCACCUCCUGUGCCGGCCCUGCCUGGGCGAGAAGCAGCGCUCCCUGCCCAUGACGUGCGCAGCCUGCCAGCGGCCGUUCGCCAGCCAGGAUGUGCUUCGUGUCCACUGCUGAGUGACCGGCCUCAAGCGGAGAAGACCUGUCGAUGGCAGUUGCUGAGGGAGAGAGAGAGAGAGAGAGAGUGUGUGUGUGUGUGUGUGUGUGUGUGUGUGUGUGUGUGUGUGGUGGGGCACGACCCCCUGAGGUCAGGCCAGAUCCCAGGCACUGAAGGGCCCUUUCUUCCCCAGGGGCUUUCCCUUUGCCUCCUUCCAGAGUGUAGCCCAGGGCUGGAGCACGGGGAGAGGCACUCCACUCCUGCUAAAGUGGCAGUAGGGUAACAAAGCCAUAGUUUGGGCCGGGAGGGGUAGGGGACGUCUCCCUCCCGUCCUGUGCCUCCCUGCCACCCCCCUGCCAGAGCCCAGGGCCUGUUUGAGCCAGCCCCACCCUGCCGAGGGUGCCCCGAGUUGUCUGCACACACACCCCAGCCCUGCAGGAUGGACAUGAGUGGAGCACAAGAGACCGUGGCUUGAGAGCCCAAGGACAGCCUCCGCCCGUAGUGUCACCCAGAAGGUUCUGUGGCUGGAGCCUGCGGUGAAUGACUCAGCCCCUGACUUGCAGAUGACUCUGAGCCUUAAUAAAGCGAUGGUUGGCGUCUG